UUUUACCUUGGUCCACAGAAAAAAGAGGAAAGGAUGUGACUCUCUCUCUUUCUCUGUACGUGUGUGUGAGUGUGUCUCUCUCUCUCUCUCUCUCGUGCCUCGUCGGCCUUGGACUCGUCACUGGGGGUUUGUUUGUGUUCCCUCUGCCCUUUGCCGUCGAAAUGGAGCUCGCCGGUGGGAAUUAGCCAGCGGGCGAGUCCGUCACCGCCGCCGUCUUUUCUUUUUUUUCUUCCGGUAGGAUGAUCCACCGGCAGGUCGUUUUGUCCCAGGUUUUGGUCUGCUUUGGGUUGACUGGUCAUUAUGCUGAUGCAGCUCUGUAGUUUCAAGAACUUGUACCAGAAUCGGUUCCUGGCCCUGGCGGCGAUGGCCUCCCCGACUCGCAGCGGCCAGAGCCGCCAGCGCUGUAAAGGUGCGGUCCGUCACAGCUACAGCCCGGAGAGCUACGCCGUCAACGGUCUGGACCAGGAGGCCUUCGUGCUGGGCCUGUCGCGGUCCACCAGUGACACCGAUCUGGUCUCCCCGGACGCCCGCUCCACCCUCGCCAUCAGCUCCUCCCACUACACCCUGGGCCAGUCCGAGGACCUGGUUAUCACGUGGGACAUCAAGGAGGAGGUGGACGCCGGAGACUGGAUUGGAAUGUAUAAUGUCGAUGAGGCUUUGUCUGAGAACUUUCUGGACUACAAGAACCGAGGCAUCAACGGCUCCCACAAGGGACAGAUCGUCUGGAAGAUUGACUGCAGCUCCCACUUCAGUGACCCUGAGACGCAGGUCUGCUUCAGAUACUACCACGGCGUCACCGGAGCGCUGAGGGCUACCACACCCACCGUGACCAUCAAGAAGUGCUCGCCACAUGUAAUAAAGCCAGUGGUUAGCCCUGAAGUCAACCAUGGACUGGGCAACAGGAGACUCAUUAACUUCUCCCUGUCAGACCUCCAGGCGGUGGGUCUGAAGAAGGGGAUGUUCUUCAAUCCCGACCCCUACCUGAAGCUCUCAAUCCAGCCGGGGAAGCACAGCAUCUUCCCCUCGCUGCCACACCACGGCCAGGAGAAACGCUCCAGGGUGGUCUGCAACACGGUCAACCCGCAGUGGAGCAUAGAGAGGUUUAGUUUCGUGUCUCUGCCGACCGACGUCCUGGAGAUCGAGGUGAAGGACAAGUUCGCCAAGAGCCGACCAAUCAUCAAGCGCUUCCUGGGGAAGCUCUCCGUCCCGGUCCAGAGGCUCCUGGAAAAACAUGCCAUUGGGGAUCGGGUGGUGAGUUACUCUCUGGGCCGCAGGCUGCCAACAGAUCACGUCUGUGGCCAGCUGCAGUUCCGCUUCGAGCUGACCACAUCCAUUCACCCAGAUGAUGAGGAGGUCUCCCUGGUCAUCGAGGCUGCCCGUCCUGAGCAGGGAAAUGCCGCGGACGUCAACCGAGCAGCUGACGCACCCGAUGACGACACACUAAGCGUGGGACCGGACAUGCCCGACCUCCCCUUGGAUGCCCCCUCCAACCCCGAGACGUCCUCAACCCCGGCCUGCGCGGCUGAGGGGUCCACGCCCGAGGAGGCGCUGCCUGCUGCUGCUGCUGCUGCUGCUGCUGCUGCUGCUGCUGCUGAGAAGGAAGUCGAGGUGUCACCAGAGGUGGAGCACGGAAACACGGAGGAGGAGGAGAGCACUGAGAGGGAGGAGCCCCAGGUGGAGCAACAGGAGGAAGAGGGGGCCUCGGCUCCGCAGCAGGAGGAGAGCACAGGAGUGGGGGACGAGGAGGGAGGAAUUGAAGAAAGGCAGUCGCAGGAAGAAGAGGAGGAGCAGGAAGAAGCGUCUGCACCUCAGCUGGAGGAGGCGACAGAGGAAGAAAAGGAGGUUGGGCAGGAAACACAGCCAAAAUCCGAGUCUGACAAUCCUGUCGCAAACGAUGGAGCCGCUGCUGACGAGGCUCCCACGGGGGAAAACAGCACCGCCCCGGAGGCUCCUGCCGAGCCAGCCGGGGGCGUCCCACAGGAGGCCACAGAGGGAGGGGAGAGAGGCUGCGCCCCCUGCACCUGCCACUCCCUCUUCUCCAACUACAACUCCCACGCCCCCUCGCGCCGCAAGAACCGCCCCUGCUCCCUCCCGGUGUCGGAGCUGGAGACGGUGAUCGCGUCGGCCUGCGGCGAGCCGGAGACGCCGCGCUCCCACUACAUCCGGAUUCACCACCUCCUCCACAGCCUCCCGUCGGCCCAACAGAGACCCCCCAGCCAGGAGGACGAGGAGGCCGGCGAGGGAGAGAACACGAGCACCAUUCAGGACACCACCUCCACAUCGCCUACACUCAAAAGCUCCAAAGACAGAGAGGAGGAGGUGCAGGAGGACGAGGAAGAGGAGGAUACGACUCACUCGCCCUCUCAGGUCCCCGAGUGUCCAGGUCCCUGCUGCCGUCGAACACUCCCCCGCAGCCUCUCCAUCGAACGCCUCUCGGAGCUGAACCAGCUCCUUGAAGGCGAAGGCGGAGGACGCGUAGCCGUGAGGAAGAUCUCCCCCUCCUGCUUGGAGAGCGAAGAGGGCGACUCAAGUCACGGAGGAGGAGGAGGAGGGAGAAGGGUCGGCGGGAGCGCCCACAGACCGCAGGGCGAGAACGAGUGCGAGUUCUGCGACACCUCGUGCUACAGCACCUCGUGCUACAGCACCUCCUGCUACAGCACGUCGUGCUACAGCAACUCGGGCUACGAGGGGAGGGGCCGCUUCUGCAGCCACACCCGCCUCUCCUCGGUGGACAGCAACCGGCUCUCCGGCAGCACCGUGUUCUCCUCCCAGGACGAGGACGAGGACGAGGAGAGCGCCUUCGAGGCGGCGCCCGAUGGCGGCAACGCGGCGGAGGGCCAGGUGGCGGGCGGCGCAGGGGGAGAGCGGAGGACGGGGAGGUGGAAGGAGGCCAGGAGGGGAGAGCCGGAGGAGCCGGCCGUGGCCGGGCCCAGCGAAAGCAACGGCAUUGGCUCAGGCUUCUCCCCUCCUGUUGGCAAUCCUCCAGUCCUGCGACCCAGCCAUGACCUUAACCAUUUUCCUGCUGCCACUGACCAAGCCUUACCUCCAAACUGGGAAGCUCGUAUCGACAGCCACGGCAGAGUUUUCUACGUGGACCACGUGAACCGCACGACAACCUGGCAGAGGCCGAGCCAGGGCGGCAAGUGUAACCACGGCAUCCCCCGCUCGGGGUCAAUGCAGCAGAUGGAACAACUCAACAGGAGGUACCAAAACAUCCAGAGGACGAUGGCCACAGAGGAGGAAGGAGGAGGAGGUCCGAGGUUGGAGCGGAGCGGCAGCACAGAGACGGAUUCGGACCCUGCUCCGCCAGGCCCCGCCUCCCCUGUCAAUCACCAGAAGAUCAGCCAUCUCCUCCAAUCACCUGCUGUCAAGUUCAUCACACACCCAGAAUUCUUCACUAUGCUGCACAGUAACUAUGCAGCCUACCGGAUGUUCACCAGCAGCAGCUGUGUGAAACACAUGAUCCUCAAGGUGCGACGCGACGCCAGGAACUUCGAGCGCUACCAACACAACCGGGACCUGGUGGUCUUCCUCAACAAGUUCACGGACAUGCAGAUGGAGCUGCCGAGGGGCUGGGAGAUCAAGACCGACCCCCAGGGCAAGUCUUUCUUUGUGGACCACAACAGCCGAGCGACAACCUUCAUCGACCCUCGCAUCCCUCUGCAGAACGGCCGGCUGCCCGGCCACCUCGCCCACAGGCAGCACCUCCAGAGACUACGCAGCUACAGCGCAGGGGAGGCCUCUGACGUGUCCAGGAGUCGCGGGGCCUCUCUGAUGGCUCGGCCAGGAAACAGCCUGGUAGCCGCCAUACGAGGCCAACAUCCCCCUGACUCACCGCUGAACGCUCCAUCUUACAACGACAAGAUAGUGGCGUUCCUUCGACAGCCGAACAUAUUCGACAUGUUGCAGGAGCGACAGCCAAGCCUGAGCAGAAACCAUGCACUGAGGGAGAAGAUCCACUACAUCCGGACAGAAGGCACCCAGGGGGUGGAGAAGCUGUCAUGCGACGCAGACCUGGUCAUCCUGUUGAGUUUGUUCGAAGAGGAGAUCAUGUCCUACGUUCCCCCUCACCCCGUCCACCCCGGCUUCAGCUUCUCUCCUCGUUGUUCGCCCGCCUCCUCGCCGCAGAACUCUCCCGGCUUGCAGAGGGCCCGGGCCCCAGCUCCUUACCGCCGAGACUUUGAGGCCAAACUGAGAAACUUCUACAGGAAAUUAGAAGCAAAGGGCUACGGACAAGGACCGGGCAAGAUUAAGUUGCUGAUCCGGAGAGAACACCUGCUGGAAGGAACCUUCAACCAGGUGAUGGCUUACUCCCGCAAAGAGCUGCAGAGGAACAAGCUCUACGUCACGUUCCUGGGGGAGGAGGGGUUGGACUACAGCGGUCCAUCCAGAGAGUUCUUCUUCCUCUUGUCUCAGGAGUUGUUCAAUCCGUACUACGGCCUGUUCGAAUACUCGGCCAACGACACCUACACCGUUCAGAUCAGCCCAAUGUCGGCGUUUGUCGAGAACCAUCUGGAAUGGUUCCGUUUCAGCGGUCGUAUCCUGGGCCUGGCUUUGAUCCACCAGUACCUGCUGGAUGCUUUCUUCACCAGACCCUUCUACAAGGCCCUACUCAGACUGCCCACAGACCUGUCUGAUCUGGAGUUUCUGGACGAGGAGUUCCACCAGUCUCUGCAAUGGAUGAAGGACAACGACAUCACCGACAUCCUGGACCUCACCUUCACCGUCAACGAGGAGGUCUUUGGCCAGGUGACGGAGCGCGAGCUGAAGUCGGGCGGUUCCAACCUGCAGGUGACAGAGAAGAACAAGAAGGACUAUAUAGAGCGCAUGACCAAGUGGAGGGUGGAGAGAGGGGUGGUGCAGCAGACGGAGGCCAUGGUCAGAGGCUUCUACGAGGUGGUUGACUCCAGGCUGGUGUCCGUGUUCGAUGCACGGGAGCUGGAGCUGGUUAUCGCCGGGACAGUUGAGAUCGACCUCGGUGAUUGGCGGAGCAACACAGAGUACAGAGGAGGUUACCAUGACGGUCACAUAGUGAUGCGCUGGUUCUGGGCGGCCGUCGAGCGCUUCAACAAUGAGCAGCGCCUGCGCCUGCUGCAGUUCGUCACGGGCACGUCCAGUGUGCCCUACGAAGGCUUCGCCGCCCUGCGGGGGUCCAACGGCCUGCGGCGCUUCUGCAUCGAGAAGUGGGGCAAAGUCACAUCACUGCCCAGGGCUCAUACCUGUUUUAACCGCCUGGACCUGCCACCAUACCCCUCGUACACCAUGCUGUAUGAAAAACUACUGAUCGCUGUGGAGGAAACCAGCACGUUUGGCCUGGAGUGAGAUGGACAGAAUGAUAAAAUCAACACUGCGUUUCCUCUCUGCAUUACCACUGGCUGGGCCAUAUAAUGCGAAGAAAAGAAAAGCGGCCCUUGUGGGCUCAAGAUACCUGGAUUGUACUCGACAAAAAGGUUUUGGGUCGUGUGGGUGUAUGUACGUCACUGUUAUGGUACCGUGUGGUGAAGUCUUUCACUUAGCUGAUCUUUAUGACAGCACCCAGCACUUAGUACACCACAGCAGGAAUAGAGGUAUUUUUAUAUUAAUCAUCAAGACUGGAUAAUAUGAGAAAAUGUUUGUAUAUAUAUGUAUAUAUAUAUACAUAUAUAUACUCAUAUAUAAAUAUAUAUAUACUCAUAUAUAUAUAUAUAUAUAUAUAUAU